CGUUUGAUAGCCUCCUAGAGUAGAGAGAGAAAAACGAGGACACUGAUACAGGGCAGAGUGUGAGAGACUGCGAGAUAAGUGAGAGGAUAUAGCCAGCCUACACAACAGGGACCUCAAUACAAUUAAUCCAAUGGACGUGAUGCUUAUACUGAUAAGAAUUGCGCUCGUGGGCUUCAUCUGCCUGUUUCUAGCAUCCGCUGGGUUGGCCUGUGGUCCAGGCAAGGGAUAUGGAAAACAAAGACAUCCGAAAAAACUAAAGCCUUUGGCUUACAAGCAGUUCAUUCCCAACGUGGCGGAGAAAACCCUUGGGGCCAGUGGCAAAUACGAAGGGAAGAUCACAAGGAACUCUGAAAGAUUUAAAGACCUGACACCAAACUACAAUCCUGACAUUAUUUUCAAAGAUGAGGAAAACACUAAUGCUGACAGACUUAUGACACAGAGAUGUAAGGACAAACUGAACUCUUUGGCUAUUUCAGUCAUGAAUCAAUGGCCGGGAGUGAAGCUGCGCGUGACAGAAGGCUGGGACGAGGAUGGACACCAUUUCGAAGAAUCUUUACACUAUGAAGGAAGGGCUGUGGAUAUCACCACCUCUGACAGAGAUAAGAGCAAAUAUGGAAUGUUAUCCCGGCUCGCGGUGGAGGCAGGAUUCGACUGGGUCAAUUAUGAAUCCAAAGCCCAUAUUCAUUGUUCUGUGAAAGCAGAAAAUUCAGUUGCUGCAAAGUCGGGUGGCUGCUUCCCUGGAUCUGCCUCAGUUCUCCUCGAGGAUGGUCGAAGCAAGCUGGUAAAAGAACUGGAGGUGGGCGACAAGGUGUUAGCAGCAGACAUAGAAGGAAAUAUUGUGUCCAGCGAUUUCCUCAUGUUCUUGGACAAAGAUCCAGUGUCAAAACGCGAAUUUUAUGUUUUUGAAACAGAGAAGCCCAACCGAAAGUUAAGACUGACACCGGCUCACCUGGUCUUCAUCACCAGUAACGUUACGGAUGACGAUAUGACUGCAGUGUUUGCCAGUAAUGUAAAACCUGGGCAACAGGUUUUUGUUGUGGAUGAGGCCGUAGACCACCUGAAGGCAGUCACUGUGGAAAGGAUUUACGUGGAAGAAUACGAGGGAUCUUAUGCCCCAGUAACCUCACAAGGGACCAUCAUAGUUGACCAUGUUUUGGCGAGCUGUUACGCGGUAAUCGAGGACCACAAAUGGGCGCACUGGGCCUUUGCGCCAGUCCGGUUGGGGCACGCGUUGAUGUCCUUCACAGAUCUAGUCAAAAAGCGCGAGGACAUACGUCAGAGAGAUGGAAUACACUGGUACUCAGACAUUCUAUACCACAUAGGGACAUUGCUGCUGGACAUAAACUCCUUUCAUCCUCUAGGAAUGUCCCAAAGCUGAGACUUGAGUCGUUUUUAUUUGUCCAUUUCAAAGACACAAAUGAAUGCUCUUAAAGAUGGAAAUACUUUUGGGCACUGGAGCCAUACAUGUAUAUUCUUAUUUAUUCUCUUGUUUUCCUCCUAUCAAGAACCAGUCAAAUUUAGUCGUCUAGGAUAGUGUGAACAAUCUGUGAAUAAUUUAUUUCUAAACAUUUGAGAAAAAAAACUGUUGAUGAUCGUUAUGUGCAAAUGUGAAUUGACUGUUAUAUUUUCUUGGAUGAACAUAGUGUUGCCUCAAUAAAUUAUGUUUUUAUACACUGAAACAUGUAGCCUGCAUGUCAACCUGAACAAAU